GGAGCUGCGGGUGCCGGGACGCGUUCUGGGGGCCCGUGGGGCUGGGAAGGGGGUGGGGAAGCGGGGGUCUCGCGAGGCCGGGGCGGCGCGGGCCUGUUAUGCGGGGUAUUGCCCUGGGACUCGGGAGAAGGGGCGGCGGUCUCCGUGCCUGAUGGGGCCGUUCUUCCCCCGACUUCCCCUCCUCCCUUUUGUUCCCCGCUCGCAGACCGUGGCCGCCCCUUUUUCCUCCACGCUGGUGCCGGGCGAGGCCUCGGAGAGCGACUUGGAGCCGGAACCGGGGGGGAGCGCGGCCGGGCCCCCCGCAGCGGGGCUGAAGGUUCCGGGGGAGGCGUCGGAGACUGAGGAGGAGGAGGAGGAAAAGGACCGUGCGGCCCGAGUGCCGCUGCCAGGGGUGCCCCGGGGGGGCCCCUCAUUACUGCAGCAGCGGCUGGGGGCGGGCGAGGGGCGACUGCGGAGCACGAUGGCUGAGGCACUGGGACGCGGUUUCAGUGGGGCUGCGCGGCUGCUGGAAGGCCUGGGGGGGCCCCUGGGCCGAGCCCGAGCUGGGGCAGCUGCCACCGCGCACUGCCUGUGCCUGGUGCACCGUGACCUGCGCGCCGUGGCUGCCACCGUCGCCGCCUGCCGCCUGCUGCCCGACAUCCGCGGGGAGCCGUGAGGGUGGGAACGCCAGUGGGCGGUGUUGGCAGCCGCGGGGAGCUCCUGGCGUCGUUGCAGUGUCGCUGUCGCUGACCUCCAGUGCUGUGUCCGGCGGACUUGGGGGUUGUGGUUGUCACUGAUGGCGUUCUUGCUGUUGCUGCGUUUCCAGUGCUGUGUCCCCUUGAGCUGCUGCUCCCAUCAACAGCACUGCCACUGAUCGCUCAGUGUCUCAGCGGUGUCACCUGGCCUGUGGGGACCUUGGCCUCACAGGGACGUUGUCACCAAAUGGAAGCUCCUGACAAUUGCGUGGUCCGGAAUUCUGUGGUUUUGCCCUAUUUAGGGGGUCUGAGGUUUGUGGCACCAAAUAAAGCCCUUCGGGGGCACAGCUGCAGCAAGGACACGACUUUCACUAGGCGGGUGGCAGCGUGUUCACCCGUGGCACUGUUGUCCCAGUGGUCUGAGCAAGGUCCCUUUUGUUGCCCCUCGUGUCCCCACAUUGUGGUUGUGUCCUGCCGUACAAAUGUCUCCAGCACCUGGCCACUGUCCCCGAGCUGUGGCUACAUCCUGUCACCCUAAGUGCCUCUUGGCCAUGUCCACAGCCCGCUGCUACCUCUGUGUGCCCCUCGGAGAACAUUAGCCAGGGACAGGGAGCAGCACGUGUGAUACUCCACCACAGAGCCACGUGGGUCCAUCAGACUGCACCCUGCCUGGGCUACCACCCCCUAUGGGACACCAGGGUUACACCCUGGGCGCUGGUGGGCUUGUGGCACCAAAAUGCCUGGGGCCUGGCGAGGGUCCUGGAGGCUCCCGGUGUCUCCAGGAGAGUCCCCAGUACCCCCGGGACUGACGUGAGGGGUGGUGGAAAACCAGGAUGGAGGUUCCCUUUCCCCAUUCCCGUGUGUUGCGGCAAAGGGGAGAGGUUUUGUGAAGGGCACGGUGGUAUUGGAUUCCUUUCAUAAAGAUUCUGGACCUUGGUUCCCUGCCCGUAUCCAAAUUCGAAUGAAAAACAGUAUUAAAAAUUCCUCUUUUGAGGAAGAACCUCUGAGCACUUGUAACUGGCAGUGCUUUGAUAUUGUAGAUAACCCGUUCCACAAGGAGUGCUGGGUGAUGCUGACUGAUAGCAUCAGUUGUGAGCAUGCUCUAUAGAAAGGUUCCCGCUGUGGGGGUGAGGAAACAAAAUGUGGUGAUUCAAUCCUGCGGGGUUAUUAUGGGGUUACUAGAGUCUAGGAUUCUAGAGUCGGAGGAUUGUAUGAGGACGCUAUGAGGUUACUAGCUCCUGUGAGCGUAAGUUCUGUUAUUUCAGGUCCUGUGAUUGUUUCCCAAUUCCAGAUUCUUUGACUCUGUGAUGAUUUUGGGCUUCAGAUGUGUGGUGAUUCCAGUUCCUCGCUAAGAGUAUAGACUCCCAGAUUUGUAGCUACGCGGGACGAUGCAUUUCCAUAUCCACCCCUGUGCGUAGCGUGUGGCACAGUUCUGAGUGCCUGACACAAACCCAAGCAAAAUCAAUUUCUGUUGGUUAUUGAAAAAAUGAAUAAAUUCUUUGCUUUAGUUUGUGCUCCCUGUUCCAUUUAUUUACGUUCUGCCUUACUUCGUAUGUAACAGGUAAUACCUUUUUCCCCCUUUCGUCCCUUGAUGGCUCCGGACGGUCCCCCUCAAGCCAAACUAUUAGUCGCUUACUAAGGAUCCGUAUCAGCAAGGUGUCUUGACGUGGAGGUGGAAAGGAUCUCUGCAGGUGUGACCUUGAGAGGCAUCCCUGCUCAAGGGCAGAGCUCGUCCUGCAGCCUGCUGCUGUGCAGGAGAGCUUAAGAGGUGCUUGUGCUGCUCUGUUUUGGUGGUAAGAUGAUUGACUCGUUGCUGUGCUUUGUGUUUAGGCACGUGCUCAGUUGGCCCUCAGCUGUUGAGCCAGAGGUCUGCUGUCAGUUCUUUCAGCCUCCCAGUUUGAGACAGUUUUGUGAUCGUUAAUGUGAUUUAGCCAGGAGUGUUGCUCACUGUCUUCCUGUGCCAGGCUGAGGGAGGAGGGUGGGAGAAAGGAGGAAAGAAAGGGAGAGGAGGGAGCGCACCAUCACACUGGCUUUGCUGGGGAAGAAGCCUGGUGAGAGCAGUGCUGCUGGUCUGAGUCCCAGCUGGCUUUUACCCCUAGGCAAUGCCCUGCAGGUGGGCUGGUGAGGGUGGGGGUUGGGCAGGGAUUGCUGCAUUCCCUCACACCUCUCCUGCCCAUUGUUUCUCUUGUCCCAGCAGGCUCCAGUUUAACAUCUGCCUGCAGCAGAGCAGCAACUGGCCGCAGCAUGUCCAUCUCAGGCAGGGGCUUGGGGAAGCAGCCAGGAGCGGGCAAGCAGCAAGAGAUGGGAGUGCAGGGUGAGAGUGAGGCGUCCUCAGCCAGCGUUUGUGUGCUGGGAACAGAGAAGCCGCUGGGACAGGAGUUUCUCUCCUCUCCAAGCUGCUUCCCUGGGCCUUGGCUGUGCCCAGCAAGGAGCCUUUGCAGGAGCCCGUGGCCUUUGCAGAGGUGGCCAUGUACUUCAGCAGCGAGGAGUGGGUGCUGCUGGACCCUGCGCAGCGAGCGCUGCACCGGGAUGUGAUGCUGGGGACGUAGC